UAAAUUUUUCCGUUAAUAGCAAAAGUUAAGCUCAUUUAAAUAUUCGAUCUAUUGUAAGAAAGAUCGAUAAAAUAUCGAAAAUGAAUGCUCAAACGAUAAUAUCCUUGAUUUAUCAGUUAACCAUUACUGUGUUACUGUAACUCUUGUCUUGUCUCUUUUGGCAAAUGUGUUUUAUUAAAUCAAAUUGAAUUAGUGUUCAACCCAUCCAUUCUUUUAAUAAUUAUACUGUUUUAUUAGCUGAUUAUUGAAUUCAUUACAAUGCAAACUAAUGGUGAUAAGCCAACUCCGUUCCAAUUGAAUGAUAAUAUUGGAGAGUAUUAUUAUUUUGCAUCAAAGGUUGGAAAAUAUUUGCGUAUGUUUGACGGAGCCCUAUUCAAGAGCUAUCCUUCUUUGCGGCGUCGAUUGGUUACAAACGAGGAAAGAAAGAAACUUGUUUCACUAGGUCUGAUUCCAUCUAGCUUGACUAAAUAUAUCACAGUACUCAAAGCCAGCGAAGUCAAUGAGAUAUUUGCAGGCAGAGAUGAAAAAUACAAAAAAAAAGUUGUUGCUCCUGGGCUAACGCGUCGUGAACUUUAUCUCGAACAUUUAGCUGCACAAGCGGCAGGACCCGCAUUCGAUCCUGACUGGUUUGAUGAACAAAUGUUUAAUCCAGAACCGGAAUCGAUUAUUUUUUCUGAUAUUCAAUCUGAAAAGUAUGAUGCUGAAUUUUAUGCCGAAAAUUUAGCUGCACAAGCGGCAGGACCCGCAUUCGAUCCUGACUGGUUUGAUGAACAAAUGCUUAAUCCAGAACCGGAAUCGAUUAUUUUUUCUGAUAUUCAAUCUGAAAAGUAUGAUGAACUAGUUCUUAACCCAGCAUUUGGAAAUGAAUACUAUAUCUGAUGAACUUUAUGACCGACUAUUAGAUGGCGUAUAUAGUGAGUAUUAGCUGACUUGCUAUCCACUAACAAAAAUUAUAAUUAUAAAAUGAAUAAAAAUGCUACCAUUUGAUAAUUGUCUUCUCAGUCUUCGUCUAUCGGAUUUGUGACUCUAACAAAAAUAAAUUAAGCUAUGCGUUUAAUAAAUGCCGUUUAUCGUUAUAA